AUGGACAGCCAACAGUGGAUGGCAUGUGCCAUCCUUGUGAUCGUGCUGGUAGGAAUCUUCGGAAACACACUCUCGUUCAUUCUGUUCAGCAGGCCACACAUGCGAUCUUCAUCUGUAAUUCUUUCCAAGUCUCUUCCUCCCGCCCAAUAUCAUAUUUAUUUUCAGGUAAACGUGCUCCUAUGUGCUCUCUCCUUCUUCGACUUUCCCUUCUCGCCCUUUCUAUUCCCAUUUUUGUCAUUCCGAACCUUGACAUGUGGGCCGAUGACCGGUCCCUGGCCACGUUCAUGGCCUACAUCCUCAAAAUGAUCUAUCCGAUCAAUCUGAUGAUGCAAACGUGCUCCGUCUACAUCAUGGUCAUGAUAACACUGGAGCGAUGGGUUGCCGUGUGCCGGCCCCUUCAGGUCAGAGUCUGGUGCACUCCGCGCAAGUCCCGCAACGCCAUUCUUGUCAUCAUGGUCGUCGCCUUCUUGUACAACUUUGUCCGAUUCUUUGAAUAUCGGUUCGUGGCGACAGAAAACGGAGCUGUCUAUGAGAAAUGGCUACGAGAUCCCGGUACUCAUAGGUGGUACUACGUGGGCUACUACACAGUUCUGUACAUUGUCACCCACUUCUUGGUGCCCUUCUCUGUCAUGGCGUUCGCCAACGGACAUGUGAUUGUGGCGAUGUGUAAGCUCAGCAAAACGAGACAAAUGCUGACCCGGCAGGUACGUUCUCAUCUCCCCCGUACCUCUUCUCAAUCUGCCCUUUUUUGUAGCAACAACGGGAGCAGUCUACCACCGUCAUGUUGCUCAUUGUGACCUUUGUCUUUGCCAUCUGCAACACGCUUCCGUUCUUGCUCAACGUCUCCGAGAGCAUUUUCCCGACUCUGUUUCAGGACGAGGUUUGAAUAAGUCAUUGUGAUUGCGUGCUUGUCCGUCCGUCGCCAACUGAUGACGCUACAAAAACCGCGCCGCCGUUUUUGUACUCGGCGACGUUGAAUCUCGUGACUUUAGCAAUGUAAACAAAGAAUUCUAGCUGUAAUGGGAUUGUUGCAGAGCACGCGGGGACUGGCCUACUGGCUCAACGACCUUUCGAACCUGCUCGUUGUGCUCAACUCGGGGACCACCUUCAUCAUCUACUUUACAUUCUCCGAGAAGUACCGACAAACACUCGUAUUCAUUCUCAAGUAAUUUUACUAUCUUCCACCGUUCCUAUGCUCUGAAUUCGCAGGAACGGAUGCUGUGCUACCGUAAGCGACUACAACAACUACACGGCGAUGUCGCGCACUGCUUCAAUGAGAAUAUCUUCCGAGACGGGUGGUCAAAUCCAAAGACAGGGCUCGCGAAUGAGCAACAGCAGGUGGGCGAACUUUCUAGCGAGAAUUCAUCAAAUCAAGCGGUUCUAGUUUUAGAAAACCAGUUCUGAAAGCGCUUCAUUCAGAGGUAAAAAGCAAGAGAGAAUCCCAAAAUAACCGUGUACUUUGUUAACUUUGCACGAGCUUCUCGAUCUUUCUGUUCCGUCCAAGAACGUGCAUUCUUCACUUACUAAUUUUCGGCCGAAUGCGCUAACUUCUCCUCACUGUCAUGUUCUCUGCAAUAGAAUUCGUCUUCAGCCGCUCAUCGGACGUGCUGCUCAAGCCAAUUUAUAUGCAGAAAAGAAGCGAACGCUUCUCCUCGGAAUACAACGAACGAACUUGCAAGUGAGUGAAGUGACAGCGGGCAAAUGCAAAAAGAAGAUUUUAGACACCUUGUUCCUUUCGACGACUACAAAUUACCAAAAUUGCCGAACGAGAAGAAGAGGAAGAAACUGCAUAAGUGAGUGAUUUUCAAUUGCAAACAGUUCGAUUUCACUUUUUCAUUUCAUUAACAUUUUACUUUUGCAGAACCAUUCUAUGCUCAAUUUGAUUUUGCAGAAUGUCUGCCGUAGAACAUCGUGGCAUGCCCGAGAUCACGAUCACUUUCAGUGAAGAUCUCCCAGAAGGAGAGCCCGAUUCUCCACGCGAACCCUGCUAG